GUUAUAAUCACGGCAGCGCAGCAGCAGAAACAGAAACAGCAGCAAUGGCCGCUUUCCGCAGAGUGGCAGCGCUGGCAGGUAAAAUAAACGUCUGGUCGGCGGCGAGAAACGAGUUUGUCGGCGGUCAGACGGCCGCUGUAGGACGGACACGGAGGUGUCUGGCUGUCGGGAUGUGUCUUGCAACCGGAGGCGCCGUGGCUCUUUACUUGUACAACGAUAUGACGAGCGGCGGAGGCAGGAAGAGGAUGGGGAGGCACCGCAUCAACGGUCUGCUCCCGUCCAUCCCGACCGUUGAAGCCAAGGAGAAGGCACGUCCGUUCGACUUCGAGGAAGGAGAGGUGUACAUGUCGUCCCACGAGCAACGUUUCCGCAUGUUCAGCUCCGUGGAGUACGAAGGACAGCUGUACAUGACUCCACAGAACUUCAUCGAGUCGGUCACCAUGAGCGAACCAAGGAGCAAGAGGCCCUGGAGGUCCCUGACCAAACAGGAGCUGGAGAAGAUUCUGUUAGAUACUCCUCCAGUGUGGAGAGGAUCGUCCAAACUAUUCCGCAACCUGAGAGAACGAGGCAUCAUCUCUUAUACAGAGUACCUGUUCCUGCUCUGCAUCCUGACAAAGCCCCAUGCUGGCUUUAAGAUUGCUUUCAAUAUGUUUGAUGCAGACGGCAACCAGAUGGUGGACAAGAGGGAGUUCAUGGUGCUUCAGGAGAUCUUCCGGAAGAAAAAUGAGAAGAAAGGGAGGAAAGGAGAUGCUGAGAAAUCAGCGCAGUUGAGUAUGCAGCUGUAUGGAUAUCAGGUUGCCCCCAUGAACAGCGUGCUAAAAAAAGACAGUCAGGAGUUUGUGGCGCGGAGUUACUGGGACGUUCUGAGACGAAGCGCCAGUCAAGUCCUCUUUUCUGACCUGGCGGAGCGAGCAGAUGAGAGUAUAACGAUUGACACCACCCUAUUGGUCCAUUUCUUUGGAAAGAAAGGGAAGGCAGAGCUCACCUUUGAUGACUUCUACAGGUUUAUGGAUAACCUCCAGACUGAGGUGUUGGAAAUUGAGUUUCUGACCUACUCUAAAGGGAUGACUACUAUCAGUGAAGAAGACUUUGCCAAAAUCCUGUUGCGCUUCACCAAUGUGGAGAACAUCAGCGCCUACCUGGAGAACGUCCGGCAGUGUAUACCUGAUGAGAAGGGAAUCACCUUUGAUGAGUUCAGAUCCUUCUUCCAGUUUCUCAACAACCUCGAGGACUUCGCCAUCGCCAUGCAGAUGUACAAUUUCGCUUCUCGCUCAAUCGGACAAGAUGAGUUUGCGAGGGCCGUGUAUGUGGCCACAGGUCUGAAGCUGACACGUCACCUGGUCCACACUAUCUUCAAGAUCUUUGAUGUAGAUCACGACGACCAGCUCUCAUACAAGGAGUUCAUUGGCAUAAUGAAAGACCGGCUGCACAGAGGAGCCAGGGGCUAUAAAGCUGUGGAACGCGCCACUUCCUUUAAAUCCUGUCUGAAAAAGGAGCUGGCAAGCAGCAGGUGAAGGGCCAACACCACACGUCCUUCUCCAGGUGUGUUCGCUCUGAGGCCAAGAAACAAGUGCACAAGCUCUUGAGGAGGUACAAGGAGAACCUGUAGAGGAGGAGAAAAAGCAUGGAGGAAGAUGAUUAAAAAACACCUCUAAUGAUGAAAUAAAUCAAAUUAAGCUCUGACUUUUAUAUAUAAAAGUCCUUUAGACCUCCAAAGCUGAUAACAAUUACAAGCAUGUCUGCACACAGCUGACUGAUGUUCUUGAUGCUGAUUAUGAGCAACAUCAUUCCUCUUUUGGUUCCUGUUUUCUCAGUCACCUGCUGCCAAUCAUCCCAAGUAUGAUUACAGGGUAUUAAAACACAAUAAAACCAGAUUAGAAUAAAACUUUACUGUCUAUGGAUGGCACCUCCACAACAGUAGAACUACAAAUAAUGAUUUUUUUUUAUUUUGGAUAAAUCUAUUACCUUUUUGGAUGAAGUAAUGACAUGUUAAGUCACAAUCACUUACUUAAUCUGACCUGCCUAAAAAUGCAAAGUAUUAAUUUAUAAUAUCAUAUACUGUAUAAACAAUAUGAUAUAUACAAACAAUAAGAAAUGUUUGCAGUGUUUUCACUCAGUAAAUGAUAUGAUUAUGUACUUCAUCAAAAUGCUCUGAAUUUUUUAGGAGGGGUAGAAUAAUCACUCAUUUCACAUUAACAGCUGAGCUGCUUCACUACAAACUGUAAAAACUUAAAGAGCACAACAGUAACUAUAUUACCGAAAUCUGCUAGUUAUGAAGAGAUCUACAUGUAAUUGAUAAAACUAUUGUAAAAUAAUAUAUUCACAUACACUAAAAUUUAUUGAAUUAAAGUAUUAUGAAUAUGUGUUGUAUUCACCUUGGUCCCAUCAUCUGUCUUUUUUCAUUUAAAUAUGUUUUUAUCUCAUAUAGCCAGUAUAGCUUUUGUUACUUUAAAUGCUUUUUUACUGCACUGAGUAUAUAAACACAAUUGCCACAGUUAUUAAUGCUACAUUAUCCUAAUAUUACUACAAUACUUGGGGUGUCUUUGACCUGGAUGUGACAGCACAGAACAUGAAGACAAGAGAGGGUGAUGCAAUUUAUUUUUGUCAUUUCCAUAUUUUUACAUAAGCGAAUCCUCAAUGUCUUGACCUAUUUUGUGUUUGAGUGUCUUAGGUGCAUGUACGACAUACUAUAUCCACAUAGGUGCCUUCUAUCCAUUCCCUUUCUCAUUCAACAAUUUUACCAGCACUGGGUAGUUUUUGACAGCAAAAAAAACGAACGUGCAAUGAUUACAUUAUAUGUACUAUAUCUUUAAUGUUGUAAUAUAUUAUGAUUUAUUGAAUAUAAAUUGUGGAUGUCUCAGUGUGAAAUAUGGAAUAUAAUUUCAAUAUGUUGAAAUGAAGGAAUAAGUCUAGAUGUGUAAUUAAAGGUGGGGUUUUGCCAAGUUAUUUCUCAUAAUGUAAAUUAUUUUCAUUAUGUUUGGAAUAAGUCAUGUAUUUGUCACAUCAGUAGAGCUGGUGAAUGAAUUUUCAUGCAUGAAUAAACUAUUUUAAGAGGACGUGAAAUCCGUGGUGUCACUUGAGCAUGCGCAACGACACCUCUUACGCAACCACUUUUUAAUUGGCAAGACGAACCUGCAACACCUUAACUUUAGCGUUAAAGUCUUUGAAUCUUCCUGCGAGUUAAAAAAAAAAAAAAAAACACACACACACACAGAUGUAACAUUGCCUCUGAAACGUGUGGAUUUGCUGCCUUCCUCUAGUCAGCGUGCUCUCUGUAUCACAGCUGUGCUGUCAGAGGUCUGCAUUGAUUGGCUGUGUAAUACUUUGACAUUUACAUAAACACAUAUGACUGGACGAGACGCAGCAACAGGAGGAGCUUGUUGAUGGCAGGCAGCAACCUUGAGUGAGACUCACACUGUAGUGAAUGAGAUGUAGUUUUCACACACAGUCAAAUUAAGACUAUACUUUCAGGGAUCAUUUCUAUAGUUUCUGACUUGAGAAAUGUGUUUCUAAAGUGUUUGGUCUCGCUAACCACGAUGAUGAGACGUGAUAUUUCCUUCUGAGCGUGAAGCUGACAGAGAAUAAUGAUUCACUUCAUAUGUUGUCUGUCAUUGAUGACCGUUCUUUGCUUCUUAGUGGAGUAUUGAGGAAGGGAAUAUGAUCAGAGUGGUUU